CACCAGGCUGUUGACAGUAAUCAAUGCUCUACGCCUACGCCGACACCAUCAACACACAUACCCCACCCCACCUCACAGCACCUGCCAGCAGUAGUUCUUCUUUUGCGCCAUAGUAUAAUCGGGGAUCAGCGUUUGCCGCCUUUCAUGUUCCGCCGAUAUCUGAGCUAGAAUCCGUACUGCGCCGACGUCAUAAAUCUACAACCACAACCCCAUCUCCAUCCCUAACCUCUGAGCUCGCGACAAUCCAACGCCCAUUGCUUCAAUUACCGGCAGAACAGAAAGCUCCAUAUCAAUCGCAACCAUGGACUACUCUACCUCUAUCCACGAUGCUGACAACCCAGCUGGCGCUUCGCCGUGGGGCUCAUCGCCGGUCUCCUCUCCACGACAUGUCAGAACCAGUUCCUACGGAGCGAGCGAUCCCCCAUCACCCAUACAAUACACGAGGAAUGGGAGUUACUCGCAAGACGAAGGUGCCAACGAGGCCAACUAUAGCAGGCCAGAUAGUAAUUUGGGAUCCCCAGCACUGGCAGAGCACGAGGGCCUCCUCCGACCUGACACGACCGAGUCGACCCAGAACCACCCAGAACAACAGAAUAUCCCAAGUCAAGUGGCACCCUCACCACAAGGCCAGCCGCAGCGGCAGCAGCAGCAUCGUCAAGAGCCGCAGCGGUAUCACGCAUCUGCCGCGCGGCAAGCCCAACAGGCACAAGGGCCCCAGUAUAAACUGCAAGCCAAAAUCACCGGUCUAGAACGCACCGGGAGGAAAGAUCCUAUUUUACGGUUCGACGUGCACGUAAGCUGCUGUAGUUCAAUCUAACCUUUGCAGCAUGAGCUGAUUUCUAUUUUCUAGACCAAUCUCCCAAAGUUUCGAACCACACAAUUCCGCGAUGUCCGACGGACACAUUCCGAGUUCAUCAAGCUCGCGGAACACUUAAUAUCUUCCAACCCCGAGGCCAUUGUGCCUGCUGUACCACCUGCGUUGACAUCGGCUGGCGCGGGCACAGACGAAGACGAAGCUCGCGUCAAGGCCUCGCUUCAGAGAUGGCUCAAUUACGUUUGCUCCAACGACGUGCUAAUGAGAGACGAUGAGAUGGUACUAUUUGUAGAAAGCGAUUUUGGUUACAGCCCGAUGUUGAAGAGGAAGCAACCUGCAACGGGUGUGCGACGAAGAGUUCUGAAGCAGUUUGCGCCACCACCAGAUGAUACUCCCGAGCUGCAAGAUGCUCGCCCAGUUGUGAAACUAUUUUAUCUAGGAUCAAUGGAUGCAGGACACAAAGUGGAUCGGCUAGUAAAAGCCCGACGAGGUGAGUUUAUGUAGUGAUUCUGGACGGGAAUUUUCUUUCUGACUUAUGUAGGUCUGGGGCUUGCAGAGUCCGACUUCGGCGUCAAGUUGGGUGCAAUGAAUGUUCAAGAACCUCAUUCUGGUUUGGCAAACGCAUAUCGAAAACUUGGCAAGACUAUUCAAACAACUGGAGAUUAUCACGCCGCGCAAGGAACCGCUGAAGCUACCACCCUUGGGGACCCCCUACAGUAUCAUUCACAGGAUGCUUUUAUUGUAAAAGAAACCUUGACAAACCGUCAUAUUCUUCUCCGAGAACUGGUGCAAGCUCAGCAUUUGACUAGAAAUAAGUUGAGUGCCGCAGAUAGGCUGAAAGCCAGCUCUUCCGUUCGUCGAGACAAGGUCGACGAUGCCAUCUCUGCACUGGACGAAGCGCGAAGUAACGAGCUCUAUCUUUUGGGCAAAACACAGCGUGUCACUGCCAAUCUUCUCCAAGAGCAACGCCGCUGGUUUGCGCGAACUGCAGCAGAUUUAAGACUUAGCAUCCGAGAAUAUGUCGUUCGCGAAAUUGAGGCGGAAAGGCGCACACUGGCGACACUAGAAACGAUCAGACCAGAUAUUCGGGCGAUCGAUUCUUCCGGGGGCUUGAGUCGACUUGGACGCGAGGCGCAUCCUGCGGCACGACGUGCUAGUCUGGCGGCCAGUCAAGGACCAAAGGGAGAUGCGUGGAGCGGUGUGCCUCGACGACCUGACGGACUCAACAGAAGCAUCUCGGGCAGUUUCAUGUCCAACGUUGCGGAAGAUGCAAAUGGUGAAGACGAGCAGGGACCAGGUCGUGCUCGAGCUCUCAGCGGGGGGAGUAUAGGGGGUCUUAAGGGUGUUAAGGAGGAGGACGACGAGGAUCGAGUUGAUGCACGCAAUGCAGCAUCAAGACUUGCCACAAGGUAAUAUUGUCGUUUCUUUUGCUGUGCUGUCGGUUGUCUGUAUACUGCAGCUAACGCUUGCACAGCACGUUCUGAUUGUAGAUAUAUCCCGACAUUAUGGAAUUGGUUGGGUCUUAUGGAAGGACGGGAGUUGAAGGUGCAUUGCGGCAGGUUGUGCUUCCCCAAAAUCGUCCUGAUCGGCUGUAUGUUGAGGUGGGUAUGGGUAUGAGGCAAAAAGCAUGUGUCGGUGCUGGGGGCACGAUUGAAGCAGAAGCAUCGAUCGCAUGUGGAAGGACUUUUGAAGCAGCCAUCACCGCAAAUGAUAUCAA